AUGGCCUGCUACGACGUCUGCCGCCCCUGCGGACCCACCCCGCUGGCCAACAGCUGCAACGAGCCCUGUUCCCUGCAGUGCCAGGACUCCCGCGUCGUCAUCCAGCCUCCCGCCGUGGUGGUCACCCUGCCAGGACCCAUCCUCACCUCCCACCCCCAGAGCACCGCCGUCGGAUCCUCCGCAUCGGCUGCCGUGGGCAACGAACUCGGCGCUCAGGGAGUUGCCAUCAACUCUGGCAGCUUUGGUUACGGCUUCGGGGGCCUGGGCGGCUUCGCCGGCAGAAGGGGUGGAUACAUCUGCUAA